AUGCACUUCAACCAGAUCGCCCUCUCCCUUGCCGCUGCAAGCCUGUCGUCUGCGACGGUCAUCGUCCCUUCUGCGGACCCUGGGCGCUACGUGGACCCUGGGUUCUACGUGGAGGACCCCAACUCCGUAGGCGGCCAGUAUCCUGACGGCCGUGUCCCUGGGAGCGUCGUCGUUGUCAAGCCAACCGGCCCGGGGAACGUUAUUAUCCAAUCCGCGGACCCUGGGCGCCGCGUGGACCCUGGGUUCUACGUGGAGGACCCCAACUCCGUAGGCGGCCAGUAUCCUGACGGCCGUGUCCCUGGGAGCGUCGUCGUUGUCAAGCCAACCGGCCCGGGGGGCGUCGUCAUCCUCACCGCGCCCCGACCGCAACCAACCGGCCCGGGGAACGUUAUUAUCCACUCCGCGGACCCUGGGCGCCGCGUGGACCCUGGGUUCUACGUGGAGGACCCCAACUCCGUAGGCGGCCAGUAUCCUGACGGCCGUGUCCCUGGGAGCGUCGUCGUUGUCAAGCCAACCGGCCCGGGGGGCGUCGUCAUCCUCACCGCGCCCCGACCGCAGCCAACCGGCCAGAAGCCGUCCAUCAUCACCGUCCCCAACCAGAAGCCGUCCAUCAUCACCCUCCAUGCACAGAAGCCGUCCAUCAUCACCGUCCCCGCCCAGAAGCCGUCCAUCAUCACCAUCCAUGAGCAGAAGCCGACCAUCAUCACCGUCCCCGGCCCGAAGCCGUCCGUCAUCACCAUCCAUGAGCUGAAGCCAACCAUCAUCACCAUCCCGGCCAAGCAACCGUCCAUCAUCACCAUCCAUGAGCCGAACCCGACCAAGCCGGCCCGUGUCUUCACCAACUGUGCCGUGACCCGCACGCAGACUGUCUACGCUGGCAAGGAGGCCGGCUGCCCAUAUAACCCUGAUUCUAUGCUGUGCAUUGCCGACGACGCCAUCACUCUCCCCUGCGGAUGCACCAGCGCCACCGCGAUCGCGACUCCCAUCACCACCGCCUGCGCCCCGUCGAACGGCGCCUUCAACUGCCGCACCGCGUAUCCCUUCACCAAGACCGCCCAGUGCUAA